CACAGACAAGGCUUAUGCCAUGUUUGUUCUGUUCCCAUUAACGUAAAUAGCAUGAAAAACACACACAGACAAGGCUUCGAUCUAACAGACGAUUGGAUUUGGGGCAAAAAUAACGCUGAAAUCGAAUGCCAAUCCAAUCUCAAAUUCCUCGAAUCAGAUGAAACCAGUGUUUGGCAAUUAGGGUUUCAAGUACAGAUUGGAAAUUGUGGUUUUUUCACAUUCGUAUGUUCCUGGAAUGUUGCUGGGGUUUUGAUACUGGUAAUUGUUAGUUAGUUGGAAGGAAAAUGGCUCGAAUUGACACUUUGGAGCUGAAAGGUCUUAUUUAUCGAAAGAUUGGCCAUCAAAGAGCGGAGAAAUACUUCGAUCAACUCCAACGAUUGUUUAGUUCAAAGAUUAAUAAGAAUGAGUUUGAUAAGUUUUGUGUUCGAACAAUUGGAAGGGAUCACAUCUCUCUUCACAAUCGUCUCAUUCGAUCCAUUGUCAAGAACGCUUGUCUAGCUAACAUUCCACCAACGAAAGUUAGAAGGGGAGAACAAUCCCUAAAUGUUAAAGUUACCAAUGGUAAUCAGAGAAAUAGUCUUCAAUCUCUUUAUGGCAAAGCAUUUCCUCCAUCCCCUCGGAAGGGUAGGUCUGCGAUGAAUAGGGAUCGGAAGUUUCGGGACCGUCCAAGUCCUCUUGGACUGCUGGGGAAAACCCACGGUCCCACAUGUGAGGAAGUGGUUCCGAGGGUACAGGAGCAGCAAAGCGCAACUGAGUUGCAUUCUCUUGGUAGCAGACCUCCUAUUGAAGUGGCAUCAGUCGAAGACGGGGAGGAGGUUGAACAGAUUGCCGGAAGCCCCGGUGUCCAAAGCAGAAGCCCUGUUACGGCUCCUUUUGGUAUUUCCAUAAACUUUAGUGGCUCUCGUAAAACUAUUUUUAAUGGGUCAGUGUGUAAUUUUCAUCUACAGACCUGCCAAAAUAGCGUUGAGCUACCUGAUACUAGAUCUCUUAGGAGUCGUUUAGAGCGAAAGCUAGAGAUGGAGGGCCUUCACAUUUCAGUGGACUGUGCAAACCUGUUGAAUAAUGGAUUGGAUGUGUAUUUGAAGAGGUUGAUUGAACCUUGUAUGGGACUAGCUAGAUCAAGAUGUGGAAAUGGUCAAAUUACUCAUGGUAUGAAUGGAUUUUUUCCCGCGAGAUACAUGGAAAGACCAUCCCAAUCCAUUUAUGCUUCUAUGUUGGAUUUCCGUGUCUCAAUGGAAUCAAGUCCUCAUAUACUUGGAGAAGAUUGGCCAAUGCAAAUUGAGAAGAUCUGCUCACGUGCUUCUGAGGAAUAAACAAAGCCUAAUCCGAAAACCUACUCAAUGGUUUGAUAUAGGCCAGGGCACGAGUUCAAAGUUCACCAUGAAGGGAGGAGACAAGACUUAACCGUUUUUUCUGUUGAAGAUUCAAAUAUUACAUGAAUCUUGAUCUCCAAUGCUUACAUGGCAUUCAACGCCAUUGCGAAAGCGAAUAAGUUGUGAAUGCAAUGGGAAGUUUCAGAUUAUUUAGUUAGGUUGCCUUUAGAUGGCAGCGAUAUAGAUGUUAGGGAUGAAACAUUUUUAUACAGUCAAUUUAUACAUUUUCAUAUUGUUGGAAACCUCACCCUCUCAAGAGUUUCAGCAUAAUUCUUCGAUUGAUACCUGUUGUUCCUUGUGUAUUGAGUUUUCCAUGGAAUGAAGCUUUGGUUAGUUCCAAAAUUGUUACAGCUACUAGGUUCAUCAACUAAAAUUCCUAUGGAACUUCUUCUUCUGCCCUUUCUUUUCUUUUCUUUUUCUUCUUUUUUUGUUUUUUGUUUUUUCUUUUUUUUUUUUUCUGCUCAAUAAAUGGCUAUAGAACUUGAUGUUGAAUGAUUUGUUCUUCUUCUUGUUGUAUUGAUCAUGAUCAUAUCAAUUCAUCCAUCAUGUAUAAGUUUGUGUUCCUUAUAUGCUCAGUUGGUAUUACCUAUCAAUGUAACUCUAGCAUAUAGGGCUAGGAAUUUUAUCCUAUUGAUGCAUUUGAAUUGCGGACUCACCUUAUGAAGAAAACUAUGAAUGGGAUCACAAUCCAAUGAAAAUUGGUACUUGACAGCAGUUGAUCACUGUGAGGGUGAGUUCUUUCCCUUUGAAGAUUCUCGGGAAGUCAGGUAGGUAUGCCUACAAAGAUAGCAUUUUUUGUUUGGGCUGCUGUUCUUGACUCAAUCUUUACACGUGACAACAUAACGAAGAGGGGCUUCAGACCAGCUAGCUGAUGUUGUUUGUGUUGAGUAGAGGCAGAUGAUCAUUUGCUAUUCUAUUGUGAUGUGGUUAGGGUUCUGUUGAGUUGAGGAUUUGUUGCAUAAUUCUCAUUUUUGGUGUAAAGCAAAUUUAUUUAUUUAUUUA